CUGCUCCUCGGUGUCUCUGCUCCUCUCCACUGUCACCAGUCCCUCUCGUCGUCGGUUGCAUCAUCCUCGCCAUGCGGUAUUCUUCUGCCCUCGCGGGGGCCGCAUUGGUCCUGGCCGGCUUCUGCAAUGGCAUCAACAUCCUCCUGUCCAACGAUGAUGGGUUUGGGUCGGGGAACCUACGUGAGCUGUACAAGCUGCUCAAGGGCGCCGGGCACAACGUAUACAUCGUCGCCCCGGCGCUGCAGCAGAGCGGCCAGGGCGGCCGCACCGACUUCACCACAGAGCCGGCCCUGACGGGCCCGUCGCAGUACAACCUGGUCCCUGCCGGCGCGCCUUCGGUCGGCCCCGACCCGCUCGACAGCCACAUCUGGUACUACAACGGCACGCCCGCCGCCUGCACCCUCGUCGGCCUCGACUACGUGCUGCCCAAGUUUGCCGACUUUGCCGUCCCGGACCUCGUCGUCACUGGACCGAACUACGGCACCAACCUCGGCCCGUUCGUCUGGACGCUCUCCGGGACCGCCGGCGCCGCCUACACAGCCACGGCGCGCAGCAUCCCCGCGAUCGCGCUAUCGGCAAGCAACAAAGCGAUCGCGUACUACGACGUGCACGGGACAGACAGCGACGCGUACCGCGUUGCAGCCGUCUCGUUCCGCGUCGUGCAGGCCGUGAUCGCCUCCGCACCCAAGGGUGGCAAGAAAGGCAAGCCGAUCCUGCCGCUGGGCCACGGGCUCAACGUCAACAUCCCGCCGCUGUUCGCGGGGAACUACUCGCGCAUCCCCGUCGUGCAGACGCGCUUUACCGGCGGCGCCGAGGUCGACGCCGUCGUCCCUGUGCCGGCUGUUCCGGGGACGUUCACGUGGUCAAACCUGCGCCCGCUCGCGGCGGGGGUCAAUGAGUGUGUGACUGGCGAGUGCGGGCUGCCGGGCGAGACGAAUGUGGUUGCGGCCGGCAAGGUCGCGGUGUCGCUGUUUAUUGUGGAUUAUACUGCGCCGCUGAGCUUUGAGUCGGUUGGGGUCAUGGCUAGGCUGGCGAGUUUGACGGGGUGGAAGGGCUGAAGGUAAUGGAGGGGUGUGGGCGCAGAGGAAAUGGGUGUAUAGACGUCGGGUCAUUAGAGGCGAAUAGUCGUUAAAAAAGAAAGAAAAAGCAAACUUCUCACGUUGGUUCUCUUCUUCCUGCUUUCUAAGUCCCUUAUCGUCGAUUCCUGUCCCCGUCAAUGGGCUAGAAUGGGUCUCUCUUCGAAUGCAAGGCUUGAAACAUGAAACGGGAUCUAGACGCAUUAGGUA